CCUCACUGCAAAGUUGCGAGGGGGAAAACGCCUUGGAAGGAAGGCACGGCGCGGGGAGAAGCGGAGCUCGCCCAAGAGGGCCGCCUCCUCCUCGUCCGCCACAGUUUCUGCCAGCUGCCUCCCCCUAACCUGACCUUCCCAACAUGGCGUCGUACCGCCCCUUUACGUUGCCACCGCCCCAGCCCCACAGGGGCCUCCUCAGUGGGCGCCGGGGGAGACGGAAAGAGAGGCAGACGGAGCUAAGCGGGUGACUUUGGGACCGCGGCCGCAGCCGAGGGGCCCCCGUUGGCAGCGAGGAGGACGCGGGAGAGGCAGCGGGAGAACGACGAGGCUUCGCUCCCGGCCGCCUCGGGCGCUUCACUCUCCUGGCGAGCGAAAGGCAGGGAAGGAAGGAAGGAAGGGCAGCUGCCCGCAGAGCCCCGGCUGCCGCCUCCGCACCUGUCUCGAGUCUGCGCCGGUGGGCCAAGAGGCGGCGAGGGGGUGUCGCCGGCGCCGCCAAGCACCUGGUUCCCUCCCCGCCUCUCCGGGGAGCGCGCGCCGCCGCGGGACCCGGGAGGCGGCGCAGCAGCAGCAGCAGCAGCAGCGGCGGCUGGAGGGCCGGGGAGCCGCGGGUGGAGCCGCGACCUGUUUCGCCGAGGCGGACACCCGGAGGGACCUCUCUAAGCCGCCGCUGACGCACUUGCGGGUGGCUUUUCUCUUUCUCCUCUGUCUGUUUUUCCCUCUCCUGGGUCGGAAGGAGAGGAAAUCUUUGCAUCGGGAGCCCGUGGCGCGAAGAGAAACUGGAGCUGCAAGAUGAACCCCAAUGUCACCUACGCCAGCCGUAAGCGGCGGAAACCCGUGCAGAAAAUAGUGAAAGCUUCCCUUCCUGAAGGAGCCAAGUCUAACCCAUCAAAAAGACACAGAGACCGACUGAAUGCAGAGUUAGAUCGCCUGGCUGGUCUUCUGCCAUUCCCCCAGGAUGUUAUUGCCAAGUUGGAUAAACUGUCUGUGCUUAGGCUCAGCGUUAGUUACCUGAGAGCCAAAAGUUUCUUUGAUGUUACAUUAAAGUCAUCAGGCUCUACAAAACCUGAUAGAAAUGGCAUCCAGGACAAGUGUCGAAUUACUAAACCUGGAGAAAAUAUACAUCUGCUAGAAGGAGAACUUUUACUACAGGCACUAAAUGGCUUCGUUUUGGUGGUCACAUCCGACGCACUCAUAUUUUAUGUCUCUUCUACAAUCCAAGAUUACUUGGGUUUCCAGCAGUCUGACAUUAUACACCAGAGUGUAUUUGAAUUAAUUCAUACAGAAGACAGACCAGAAUUUCAACGACAGCUUCAUUGGGCUCUUAAUCCCACACAGUCUAUGGAUUCUGGACAGAUGGUAGAAGGAGAUAAUGGCUUUUCACAAUCAGCAACAUAUUAUAGCCCGGAACAGCUACCUCCAGAGAAUUCUUCAUUUAUGGAACGAAACUUCAUCUGCAGAUUACGCUGUCUCCUGGAUAAUUCUUCUGGGUUCUUGGCCAUGAAUUUUCAAGGGAGAUUAAAGUUUCUUCACGGUCAGAACAAGAAGGGUAAAGAUGGAGGUGCUAUAUCUCCUCAGCUGGCUUUGUUUGCUGUAGCCACCCCUCUUCAACCUCCAUCCAUCCUUGAAAUCCGUACCAAAAACUUCAUCUUCCGAACAAAGCACAAACUGGACUUCACGCCUUUGGGAUGUGAUGCAAAAGGGCGAAUUGUGCUGGGUUACACUGAAGCAGAACUGUGCAUGAGGGGAACAGGAUAUCAGUUUAUCCAUGCUGCUGAUAUGCUUUAUUGUGCUGAGAAUCACGUCCGAAUGAUAAAGACCGGAGAAAGUGGUAUGACUGUAUUUAGACUUCUUACCAAAGAAAAUCGAUGGGCGUGGGUUCAAGCAAAUGCACGGCUCGUUUACAAAAAUGGAAGACCAGAUUAUAUUAUUGCCACCCAGAGACCUCUGACAGAAGAAGAAGGGUCAGAGCACUUACGGAAGCGAAACAUGAAGCUGCCCUUCAUGUUCGCUACAGGUGAGGCCGUCUUAUAUGAAGUAUCAUUUCCUCAGCUUGGCUUAAUGGAUUCUUCUCAAGCAAAGGCUAAAAGCAGCUUUGGAAAAGGAGCAGCUUCCAAGGCUACACAACCCAAAGAGUCUGUUGAUCCCAGUUCACUUUUGGGUGCAAUGAUGCAGCAGGAUGAAUCUGUGUACCGCUGUCCGCCUGCUUCAGAUAAAAUUCCUUUUGGGAAGAACAUUUUUACAGAUGCCAGGGAUGAACUGAGUAAUGCCAUCGCCAGUGGUUGGCAGGAUAAUGUUUUGCCAAUGGGAAAUAGCAGCAUUCUCAAACAAGAACAAACUGUGUGUCCACAGAACAAUAACUUGAUGCUCCCUGACGACAGCGUGGGGCUCUUUCAAGAUAGCAAAAACAGUGAGCUGUAUAACAUCAUGAAGACACUAGGCAUUGAUUUUGAAGAUAUAAAAUGUUUUCAGCAGGAUGAAGAAUUUUUUAAAAAUGAACUUUCUGGUAUGGAUGAUAUUAGAGACAUUGACAUUACUGAUGAAAUCUUGACCUACGUUCAGGAUUCCUUAAAUAAGAGUGACCUUUUGUAUUCAGGGUGCCAGCAACAACAGCCCAUGGUUCAGAACUCAAGCUGCUUAAUGCAGCAACAGUUGGAGCAACACCCACCUUUGGCAGAACAAAGGCAGCUGUGUCAGAAGAUGAACCACAUGCAGGUCAGCGAGAUGUUCACAAAUUGGAACUCAGUCAGCAGCAUGUCUCUUAAUGCUUCACAGCAACAGUCACACCCAUGUGUCUUUUCUGGCAUGCAAGAAUUAACUCAGGAGUUCCCUUACAAGUCUGAAGUCAACACUGCGACGUAUGCAUGCAGGCAAGAAUUCAUUCCAUACAAACACCCCACGAACGUGUCCCAGGUUUCAGAUUUUGCACAGAUAGAUUUCCCAGUGGGAAGUUUUGACAGAUCAGCGUAUUCAAGUUCUUCUGGCUUGGAGGAUUUUCUCAGUUGUUUGCAGCAAGUCCCUGAAAGUCAAGAUUGUGGAGUAAAUUCUCAACCAGUUAUAGUAACUCCUCAGACGUGCUAUGCUGGUGCUGUAUCAAUGUACCAGUGUGUUUCUGAAAUGCAAACGGACUGCACAGAACAAAUGCAGUAUAAUCCUGUCGUGUCAGAACAGCAGACAUUGCUAAGCAAGUUCCAGAACAGUUUUAAUGGAGAAAGCCUGAAUGAUGCAUAUCCACCACAGUUGGAUGUCGUCAGCACCCAGCCUGGCACACAUCUUCAGCCUGUUCAUCAUCCAACAGAAUCCAGAUCUUUCUCAGAUUUGGCUUCCAGUGGUUUUAUGUAAUUCAAGAGCAAAAUCAUGGUUGGAUUAUUGAAAACCCAAAAUGGAGUUUGAAGUGGUUGCACAUAUAUGCAUGCAUAUAGGAUUUUUUUAUCAUCCGAAACAUAAUAUUAAGAGGAAUGGAAGUUGGAGUUUCAAUCUUGGCCUAAAAUGUGCACGAUAAUCUUCAGAAAUUGAAAAUAUGCACUGGUGCAAUGUUAUGUACUGCAUCACAUUGUAGAACAUAAGAUAAGGCAAAUGGUUUUAUUGUUUUGAAGAAAAAAUAGGCACUUAGACAAUUUUAUUUGGUGUGGAAUAAGAAAACAGUUUUCUUAUACUUUUAAAGGCUUUUAAAAUAAAGCCAGUGUUCCAAACAGAAGAACAAGUAAAGUAUUCAAUGCUAUUGCAUAAUUUCUUUCCUUUAGUUUCCUUUGUUUACUAUUUUUCAGCUCCUGUUUUUACAUUAGAUUUCGGGUUGUCGCACUUCAGUAGAAAGUUCAGUGCAAGGAAUUUGAUAUGCAACAUUUUGGUUUUGUACAACCAAAUCAAUUCCUCAUUUAUGGUUAGCCUUAAGUGCCUCACAACUUAGCUACCUUAUUUCUGAAAGGAGCAUAGAAGGGGAUCACUCUGAACCUAAUCAUUUAUACUUUGUGACAGUUCAGUUGCUACUUUGAUUUUAUUUUUAAAAGCAGUGUAUUCAUUCUAAGCCAGUAUUCACUUUUCUUGAAUUUCAGUUAAUCCUCUGUAUGGUGAGUUUUUACAUGGUUAAAGACUGAAAUUAUGUUUUGUGUUUUUCUGCAUUUUUCAGGUAGAACAGGGUAAAAACAAUUAUCUUGUAGGAGAAAAUUCCUUCAGGAUUAUCUCUAAAUCUCAAAUAAUGAACAAAACAUGUGCCUUAUCUUGUGUUACAGUACUUAUUAAACAGUCUUUUUAAAAACUGCAAGGCUGCUUUAUGCAAAAACUUCCAUUAAAAUGCGUAUUGAGAGGUUAAUUUUUAAAAAAACCAGUAGAAAGCAGUGUCUCAAUAGUAAAUAGUACUAAAAUUAAUUUUGUACAGAUUUCUACACCAAGGGUCAUGUUUUGUUUGGCUGCUGCUUUUCAGCUGUUGAGAUGGGGAAAAGGAUCUGCUGAUACUAAAUAUCCCUGAUAAUUGCACUCUAAAGAAAAAAAAGCUAUCUAUGUAUGUGAAUUCACUUUAACAGUCUUUUGUUCAAAAGAUGAGUCUGAAAAUGUAUUUUAGUUUGAAUUUAGAAAGAGAAUCCUUGUAAUAAAAAAAGGAUGUUGUAAACUUUUUUUGAAAAAAAAAUUGAAAAAUUGUGUUUGGAGUUUUAUCUGAGAAGUUUUAGAACUGUAGACACCAAUGUUUGGUGGUUCAUAGUAGUUUAAACAGAGGAGGGUGGAAAUGUGCAUAUGUUCAUAUAAUUGCAUACUCUUAUGUGCUACAUAGUUUGUAUGUAAUAAGCACUAUAAAUGUCUUUGUAGAAUAAUCUAUACCAAUUAAUUUUGAAGUGUUACACUAUAUAAAAUGUCUAUUACAUACCUAUAUAUAAUGUAAAUAGUGUAGAUUCUUUUAAAAGAAGAGAAACAAAAAAAUAAACCAUGCCUUACAGGGCGGUGGUCACAUUUUUCAUGAAAAAGCAGCUGCUUGAAGUUUUUGAAACUUAAACAAAAAAGCAAAUAAUAGUUGUAAGGACAUGGCUGUGUAUUAAUGGGGGAAACAGUUUGUUGGUCAGUUCAUUUAAGUUGCUGGAGAGCUAGUGAUACUAAGAACACAGACUUGGUUUCCUGCUGCUCUUUUCACCACGUGUUAUCGUGCAGUUAAAUUUUGUUUCCUCUGGUUUACCAUUUGUACUUCUGGGAAAGGUGGUAGAACACUUCAUAGAAUUAGGACUCUAUCACUACUUUAAAAAACAUUAAAGACAAUACCUUUUAAUUAAAUAGUAUUUUUAGUAACAGAUGUAAAAAAGUGUAAUGAUUUGGGGCCAUUAGUCUCAAAGUAUUUAAGACUGGCUAUCACUAAAUGUAAUAGAUUAGCAGUAACUUGGUUCUUCCUGAAUUUUUAAUGUACUGUUGUUUUUAAACAGUUUCUGUAGUAUAUUUUUGUCUGUUUUUUACAGAAAAUAAUGUUAACAGUUAAAGGUUCAAAGGGAUGAUGUACAUUUUUUCAGAAAAAAUACACAAAAAAAAUCCAACAAAUCAAGACUUGUGUAUAUAUCAUGCCGCUUCUGCUAAACCAAAAUAUCCUAUCACCAAGUGCCAAGGGUGCAGUACAAACUGGUGUGCUGCCUUAUUGUAAGCUAGUUUAAUUUUGUUAUAGGUAUAAUAUCAGCUUGUUUUUCUGAAUUAGCUGCACUGACAAGCUAUAAACUGAUGUAUCGGUAGUGCACUGUUUAUCUAAGCCAAGAUGUUCUUCUCAGAGAGGAUAAAUUUAUUAUCCUGCCCCACGCAACUAUUUCCUCCAUUCCAAGCAAAUCAGCAAUUAGAUGCAAUCAGUAUUACUACCUACUUUUGUAUAUCCUAUCUUAGCUUUUUUCUCUUCUGUUCCACUUUGUCAUCUGUGUUAUAUCAUGUGAUUAAUUUCUUGUGUUUAGGGCAUAAUUUUAUAGUGCUUUUAAUGGCCUUCAAUAAAACUUGUAAAGCAUAAUAUAUGGUAAUAAAAUAUCACCUGAAUAUA